AUGCCACCUACACCUGAUGAUAAUGAUCCAUUUACUUCUUUAAGACGGAGCAAUUUUUCUGAUGAAGAAUAUGAAAAUUGUUUUAAAUAUUUUGAUUUCCAAAAACAAGGUUUUUGGAAUCGUGAAGAUUUUCGUCGUUUUCUCAACGUACUCUUUUCUAAUAAAAAAAGACCCUAUUUAAUGUCAAAUGAAAGUAUUGAUGAAUAUUUUCAUGAAACUGACUUUAAUCGCAAUCAAAAAAUUGAACUUGAUGAAUUUCUACAAGCAUGGAAAAGGACGAUUAAAUACACUGUAAGACCUAUUAGCGCACUUGUUAUAGUCGAUGUUCAAAAUGAUUUUAUUUCUGGAUCGCUAGCUCUUCAUUCCUGUCCUGCUAAUCACCAAGGUGAAGAAGUUGUUCCUAUUAUUAAUCAAGUUAUUCGUAAUGUUAAUUUUGAUGUCGUAGCAUACACAUAUGAUUGGCAUCCAUUAAAUCAUAUAUCAUUCUAUGAAAAUCGUCAUAUGAGAAAAACGUCAUCUGACAGUUGUAUUAGUGCUGAAAAGGCACAUCCACUUGAUACAGUUGUUUUUGUUGGAGCUCCUAAUUUAGCUCCUAAAAUAGAGCAAGUACUUUGGCCAGCUCACUGUAUCCAAAAGACGCCGGGUGCGGACCUACAUCCAGAUUUAAUACGCGUUGAUAAUGCUAUACACGUUUAUAAAGGAACAAAUCCAGAAAUCGAUUCUUAUUCAGCAUUCUGGGAUAAUAUGAAAUUAAGUAAAACAAGUCUUGAUGCUCAGCUCAAGGAACGCUCUGUUACUGAUGUUUAUGUUGUUGGAUUGGCUACAGAUGUUUGUGUUUCCUCUACAGCAAUGCAUGCUGUUGAACAUAAUUAUCGAACUGUAUUAAUUGAAGAUGCAUGUCGAGGUGUCAAUGAACAUGUAAUUGAACUUAAACGAGGUGAACUUAAUAAAACUGGAUGUAUUUUUGUUCAUUCUGAUGCUGUACCUGCAAUGGUAGCUGGCGAAGAUCGGCGACCUGAGAUAGCACGUGUUAUAUUUGUUGAAAACCUUAAAGCAAUUGGUCGUUAUCAUCCUCGCUAA